AUGGGGAACGAGGAGCACGGGGGCACAGAACGGCUACGCGACGGCCGUGGGUCCCUGGGUGCCGUGCAGAUCAGACGUCCCCGGGCGAACAUCGGGGUCAGAGAGGUUGGCGUGCAGAACCACUCCGCCAGCUUCAGCGACGAGAGCGUCCUGUGUCUCGCGUACCGCAAGUGA